AUGCGUUCCACUUAUCUUCUUCUGUCCGUGGCAGCUUUGGCCUCGGCCCUGGUAAUCCCAGAUGAAACUGUUCUCGCUGAGAUAGUCGCUGAGACUCACCCGGCCGGGCAUGAGCAGGAUAGCACCGUAAUCUCUGAGGGAAUGGACAUGGAGUCUUGGUGGGCGAUUAUGAAGAAUCUGAUGCGUGAUGAGCAGUCUGCGGCAAAUGUUGAGAUGGGUCUUCUUGGCUUCUCUCCGGCUGAGCGUCCAGGCUGGAGACGGGAUGGGGAUGUGCCUGGUUAUGAGCGUCCUGGACGCGGUGAUUGGCAAAGACAUGGAGGCUGGGGUGGGCAUGGACGUGAGGACUGGCCUGGAGAUGAUUGGCGUGGGCGUGGUGACUGGCCUGAUUAUGGUGACUGGCCUGAUUAUGGUGACUGGCCUGAUCAUGGUGACUGGCCUGACCAUGGUGACUGGCCUGGCCAUGGUGACCGACCUGGUCGCGGCGACUGGGGCAGACACGGCGACUAUCCCAACGAGCACCCCCAUCACGGACAUGGCCAAUGGCCCGGCCAAGACGACGACGAAGAAAGACCCUGGCCUCCUCACCCGCACCACCCACACUGGCGUCACGGUCCCUCCUGGCCGGGCCACGGAGACGGCCGUGACCACGACAGACCAUGCCACCGAUACCCACCUCAUAUGCCCGACGAACCUCGACACCGACCAAUUGAUGCAUGCCCAGGCUCACUCUGCCAGCCCGAGAGAACAAUCUGGGAGCUCGUCAAAGAAAGCGAACAUACAUCCCGGCUCGCCUCGCUGAUUGCCGACGAUGACAAGCUAGUAAAAGUCCUCAACAGCACGGAGUCGAACUACACUUUCUUCGCACUGACGAAUCAAGCCUUGGAGAGACUGCCGGGCGGGCCAAAUGGUCCCAGUCGCAAGAAUAUCUCAAGUUUACUGCGGUACCAUAUCGUCGAUGGGAGAGUGCCUAUUGCGCAGGUCUCGGGUUAUCAGACGCUAUCGACGAAGCUGAAAGAGCCUUCUCUGGGAUCGAAGAUGCAGCAGAGAAUUGUUGUUAGGGAGAAUAUGAAUGGAGUGAUAUUGAAUCGAAGGAGCUCGAUAGUUGGGGCCGAUAUGAAAACAAAAAAUGGCCUAAUCCACCUCCUGGAUACACCCCUCCGCCAACCCCCCGAAACCCGCACCUUGCUACACCUCUUCCCAGCCCGAUUCAGCACUUUCAAUCAAGCCCUAUCACGAACAAAGCUCAGCUCCGCACUUGAUCCAGACCAGCGACAAGGCGGGACGGUCUUUGCACCUACGAACGCCGCGUUCCGAAAGCUCGGUGCUAGGACUAACCGGUUCUUGUUCUCGACACAGGGAGAGAAGUGUCUGCGUGCACUGGUGCAGUAUCAUAUUGUGCCUAAUCGGACUCUUUAUUCGGAUGUUUUGUAUACGAUGGAGGGGAAGGUUGAGAGGUUGUUUUCUGGUGAGGGGGGUCGGAGACAUGGACGUGGACAUGGACGGAAGGGGGGUUCUGAGGGAGGGAUGCCUGAUAAGCUGCACGAGGGGAAUUCUGCUCAUGUUGGGUUGGAGACUUUGUUGGAGGGGAAGAAGAUUGUUGUUGAUGUUGAGAGGGACGAGGGGGUGGUUAUGAGGGUUAACGGGUUUGGGAGGGUUGGCCGAUUAGAUUUGUUGGCGAGGGAUGGGGUGGUGCAUGAUUUGGAUCGGGUGUUGAUACCGCCGAGGAGGAUUCAAGGGAAAGAUUACGAAGGGGGAGAUGAUGAGAGAGAAGUGACGGUUGAAGAGCUGGUGAACAGGUUAGAUGGUUGUGUUGGGGAGGUGAAUCGUGGCGAACUGUGA